CGCCGCGCUGCCGCCGCCAUUUUGUGGAGCGGCGGCCGGGAGGGAGGGAGGCGCGGGCAGCCCCAGCGCCGUGCCCGUCAUGCCGUCCGCGCCGCUCCGCGUGGCCGUGGUGUGCUCCAGCAACCAGAACCGCAGCAUGGAGGCGCACAACAUCCUCAGCAAACGAGGAUUCAGCGUCCGAUCCUUUGGCACAGGGACUCACGUGAAACUGCCAGGACCAGCCCCGGACAAGCCAAAUGUUUAUGACUUCAAAACAACAUAUGAUCAGAUGUACAAUGAUCUGCUUAGGAAAGACAAAGAACUAUACACACAGAAUGGAAUUUUACACAUGUUGGACAGAAAUAAGAGAAUCAAGCCACGGCCAGAAAGAUUCCAGAACUGCAAAGACGUUUUUGAUUUGAUCCUAACGUGUGAAGAAAGAGUCUAUGAUCAAGUAGUAGAAGAUUUAAACUCCAGGGAGCAGGAGACGUGUCAGCCCGUGCACGUCAUCAACGUGGACAUCCAGGACAACCACGAGGAGGCCACGCUGGGGGCUUUCCUCAUCUGUGAGCUCUGCCAGUGUAUCCAGCACACAGAAGACAUGGAAAAUGAAAUAGAUGAGCUGUUACAGGAAUUUGAAGAGAAAAGUGGAAGGACUUUUCUUCAUACUGUCUGCUUUUAUUAAAGCACCUCUGUCUCUUAGGCCUUAACCCAGAUGAGGGGAGCAUGUGUUUCAAGUUCUGAUUAUACUGUAUUUUGGAACAUGAAUAUGGAUCUUUUUUUGUUUGUUUGUUUGUUUAAAAACUCCUUUUCAGUGUCUUUUUUUGGGUUUUUUUUUCAGGUAUUCUGUCACAGGUAGGCAGAGAUACUGGUUGGGCUUGUACAUAUAAAAUUAAAAUUAUACACAAAAGCCACCUAUUUAAAAAUUCAAAUCAAGUUUUUUUCUUUAAAUCCUACUUUAAUUGUUACAAGUAGGUUUUUAAUUAUAAAGAGAAUGUUUCUUGAAUAUAAAUUUAUAAUGUAUUUUUCCAGCCUUUGGAUUUAUUUGAUUUAUUAUAUUUCAGUUGUGCUUUUUUUUUUUUUAAUUUUAUUUUAUUUCAAUGUGACAGAAUGGCUGAACUCUGUGAGGAUGUGAAUGGAACAGUGGAAAAACUGAAUAUCUGUAUAUUAUUAGCUAUAAAGUUGGAAGCAUCCAAUAAAAAUGAAAAAACCUUUAAGUUUGUCUGGUUUCAGAAUAGAAAUUCAGGAAGUGUGGCUGUUCUUUUUGGGGUAAAAUAUGGAAUAUUGGGUGAGGUAAAUGAGAUUGUGAGGCUUUAACUGGAUUUAGGGAAUUGGGGGCAAGCUCCUGUCAAUAGAAAUAAUUUA